AAUUAUUUCCAUAUUGUUUCUUACCUUUGCGUAUGAAUUUUGAAUUUAAAUAGUUUUAAUUAACCGGUUUUGGCCGCAUUUCAAUUUUAUUUCCCUGGAUUUAACUGGUAUUUUUUGGGCAGAUAUACUUAAAUACCAAAACUAUCGCCCACCCCUAAAGCACCGGCGCGCCAGAAGUCUGGCCACACUGCGUAUCGUCGGGGAAAAAUAAUAAGGACAACAUCAUUUUGCGGAUAUUCCACAGGAUCCUACAAUCUUCGGCCCCCUGCCGUGAAGCAAGUGCAUCCUUGCCGAGCAGCCGACUGGGCCAGCGGAUUUGGCCAAGUUCCGCCAAAAUGUCACAGUCACCGGAUGGCGGGAUUUCCACCAUGGAAACGGAGGAGGAGCCAGAAAAUCUAGGUGAUUGCCAUGAGGAAUCAUGGCGUGGAGUGCCCAUGGAGGCCAUACACCGCCAUCUGCAGCCCUUCGACUUGGAAAACCUGCCACCUGUCAGCGCUGGCAAUCAUCACCGGGUGCUGUACCAACUGCCCAUCCGGGAUACGCCGCCACGCCCACACAAAUCGCCCGGGAAAUGGGAUUCGGAGCAUGUGCGUCUGCCAUGCGCGCCGGAGUCGAAGUAUCCGCGAGAAAAUCCGGAUGGCAGCACCACCAUUGAUUCGCGCUGGGGCAUGAUCGAAAGGGCCCUGCUGCAGCCCAUCGAAACGAGUGAGGAGCUCCAGGCGGCCAUACUAUCCUACAACACCACCUACCGGGAUCAGUGGCACUUUCGGGCCCUCCAUCAGCUGCUGGACGAGGAGCUGGACGAGAGCGAGACGCGGGUUUUCUUCGAGGAUCUGCUGCCGCGCAUUAUACGCUUGGCAUUGCGGCUGCCGGACCUGAUCCAAUCGCCGGUGCCGCUGCUCAAGCAGCACAAGAACGCCUCCCUGAGCCUGAGUCAGCAGCAGAUCGCCUGCCUGCUGGCCAACGCCUUCCUGUGCACCUUCCCGCGGCGCAACACGCUGAAGCGUAAGUCCGAGUACAGCACUUUUCCGGACAUUAACUUUAACAGACUUUAUCAAUCGUCGGGAGCGGCGGUGCUGGAGAAGCUCAAAUGCAUUAUGCACUAUUUCCGGCGCGUGUGUCCCACCGAGCGGGAUGACAGCAAUGUGCCCACUGGUGUGGUGACCUUUGUCCGCCGCUGCGGAUUGCCAGAACAUCAGGUCGACUGGAGCCAGAGUGCGGCGCCCCUGGGCGAUGUACCACUGCAUGUGGACGCCGAGGGAACGAUCGAGGACGAGGGCAUUGGGCUGCUCCAGGUGGACUUUGCCAACAAGUACUUGGGUGGCGGUGUUCUGGGACACGGCUGCGUGCAGGAGGAGAUACGCUUUGUCAUCUGCCCAGAGCUCUUGGUCGGCAAGCUCUUUACGGAAAGUCUGCGGCCUUUCGAGGCACUGGUGAUGCUGGGCGCCGAAAGAUAUAGUCUCUAUACGGGCUAUGCCGGUAGCUUCGAGUGGUCCGGCAACUGUGAGGACUCCACGCCCAGGGACAGCUCUGGUCGCCGGCAAACGGCCAUUGUGGCCAUAGAUGCCUUGCAUUUCGCACAAUCGCAACAUCAAUAUCGCGAGGAUCUCAUGGAAAGGGAGCUGAACAAGGCGUACAUCGGAUUUGUCCACUGGAUGGUCACGCCGCCACCUGGAGUGGCCACCGGCAACUGGGGAUGUGGCGCGUUUGGCGGAGAUUCCUACCUUAAAGCCCUGCUGCAACUCAUGGUCUGCGCCCAGCUGGGCAGGCCCUUGGCCUACUAUACCUUUGGCAAUACCGAGUUGAGAGAUGAUUUCCAUGACAUAUGGCUGUUGUUUCGAAGUGAGGGUACCACAGUGCAGCAGCUUUGGAGUAUCCUAAGGUCCUAUAGCAGGCUUAUGAAGGAGAAGAGCCCCAAGGAGCCGCGCGAGGGCAAGGCAUGCAAAAAGACGCUGUACGAGUUCAUCAGGGAGGAACUCAAGAAGGUCAAAGAUGGAUCAGGAGAAGCACCGCCAGCGGAAGCUGGAACAUCAAAGGCAGCUGGAUCAGGAGAAGCUAAAUCCGAAGUCAAAACCUCAGCAUCAGCGAAAACCUCACCAGAACUUACCAAAAAGCCAGCCGCGCAACCAAAAACCGCUGUCAGCCAACAGAGUCAUGACCUGUUUCCCACGCAAGCGUCGCAGGAUUCCGAUUCCUCGCCCGAACAGGUCAUUCUAAUGCUCUCCGAUGAUGAGGAGGCCAACGCCAUGAUGGAGGCCGCCAGUUUGGAGGCGAAGAACAGCGAGGAAGUCAGCAACAGCAGCACACCGGCCAAGAGCAGUAGUUCCUCCUCGAAAGCAGGAGGUGGCCGCCAGUUGACACUGCUCGAGAUGCUGGACUCGCAUUACGAGAAGGGACAGGCCUCGAAGAGGCCACGAAAGGCACCCAACUGCAGCAAGGCUGAGGGGCCGGCCAAGAGUCGCAAGGAGAACGACGAGGAUGAUAAGAAGGAUCAUGUUGACUAAGUGAUAUUGCCCUAGAGGAUUUAUACUGCCCUACCGUGAGGAGUUCUAGCCCGAUUGUUCCCUUAAAGUCUAGGUAUUCUUAAGUACAUAAUUAGGACAUUUUAAAGUAGGCCCAUAAUUUGUAUAUGCAAGGCAAAAAGCUUAAAGAGAAUUCAAAGCUCUUUGAUUACGAAUCUAAAAAGGGUUUCUAAAGGUCUUUGAAUAUUCGAAACAUUUUGUUACAUUGCCUACACAACUUGGUACUUCAAAACUAAGUUUAGGAAUUAGGUAUUUUUUGGCUGCUGAAUAUUUUUAAAAACUAUUUCAACUUAAUUCUUUUGGCAUGGCUAAUCUUAUAAAAAUAUUACAAAAUUGACUAUUGAAUGAAAAACAAAAAACCUUUUAAUACUCUUUCUCUGUUCUUUAAUGUUUUUAAAUUAGCAUUGAUACAUGUGGAAAUUAUUCUUUAAUUUUUAUUAAGCAAAGGUAUAGCGGUUAAUAUGAAAUUGUAUUUGCCUUCUUUUAAUGCUAUAAAAAUUGUAUUGAAGCAGAAAACAUUUUAGUAUGCUGAAAAAACAUAUAACUUGAGAAGUGAUAAAAAAAAUGAUUGACUGAUAUAAUCUACCAUAUCAUGUUAAUCGAGUUAUAAUGAUAUUUAAAAACAUGUUAUAUUUGUUGGAGUGGACAUUUGAAAUUGUCAAUAAAUAUAUACCAAAUACAAAA